AACUCCAUCGACAGACUGCCACCAACUAUUUUGGACCACGGGGCCUGCCGUAGUGUUAUGACGUCACUGCUCGCCUGGAAGUUGUUUUGGCGGGGUUCUUCAAAUUACGGCCGCUUUGUUUGGGAGUAGUUGUAAAAUUGACGAAAAUGGAGCGCGGUAGGAUGAGCCGUGCCGCGAGCAGCAGACCUUCGGAGCUGCCGAUGCGAGUACAAGACACCAACAGAAUGAGCAUGGUGUACACAACACCACAAAGUAAACAGCCUUCCUUUGGAAAACUGAGCAUAGCAAAAUGCUUAUCUGGGACUUCUGAAAGGAGGACCAGCUUCUUCGGUGCACGGAGUAGUGGUGCCGGUAUGCCUCGCAAUAGCACCAUGUCAGGGUUUGGAGGAACUGAGAAAAUCAAGGAUGCUCGACCUCUACACGAUAAAUCAUUUGUUCAGCAGUGCAUACGGCAGUUGCACGAGUUUCUGACAGAGCAAAGUUACCCGGGAACUUUGUCAACCAAGACACUCCAGUCACCUUCAACCAAAGAGUUUGUGAAGAUGUUUGAGUUCAUUUACCGGCAACUCGACCCAACCUUUGAGAUGCCAAACUCCAAGGUGGAGGAGGAAGUUCCAGCCAUUCUGAAAGCCUUGAGGUAUCCAUUUGUUUUAUCCAAGUGUUCGAUGUAUUCAGUUGGAGCUCCUCAUACCUGGCCUCAGGCUUUGGGUGCUCUAAUGUGGCUGAUUGAUAAUGUCAAGAUCAACUGGAGCUUAAACAAGCAGGAGCUGCUGUUCAGUGACUUCUGUGAGGACAGCAACAAUAUUGAGGAGGGGCCUGAAUAUAACAAGCUAUUCCUGGACUACACUUCUGAAACGUACGCAAAGUUUAUGCGGUUUGAAGACACAUUUGAUGAUGAAGAUGACGCCUUCCUCAACAAACUGAAAAGGCUUUACAAUGUGGAUGAACCCCUGCUGGCCGCGAUGGAAGAGAAGCACCAAAUACUCAGUGCAGAAGUUGAGCGCCUGGAGAAGGAGAGUCAGACGGAUCGUCUAAUGACCAAACGCAUGGAAAGGGUUAAACUGCAGGCAGAUCUUAAGAAACUCCAGAGUUAUCGAAGCAGCUUGGACAGUUUCAUGACCAACCUGGAGAACAAAGACUCAGAACUGAAUGAUGAGCUGGAGAAUACUGUCAGUCACCUUGAAACUCUGAAACACGAGAGGAAUGAGCUGCAAGUCCUCCUGCAGAACCAGAAAUUUACUCCGGCUGAUGUGGAGAGGAUCAACAGAGAGAAGAGGGAGCUCCAGCAGACCAUUUCCAGCCUCAGCAAGUCUCUUGAGGACGCCGAGCAGCACAAGUGGAAUGAAGAGAUUACUCUGGCCAAAUUAAAAGAAAAGGCGGAGCUGAAGCUAACGGAGUAUCACAAGCUGGCUCGAAAACUGAAGCUGAUCCCACAGACGGCAGAAAAUGCAUGUGGUCAUGAUUUUGAAAUAAGGCCAUUUGAGAGCGGCCCUGGCAGCACGGUACAACAUAAAACACAGAUACAGAUGCUUUUGAGGAAGCUAAUCAGUGAUGUUGAGGAAGAAAACAGUCGCUUAUCCAACCUUAAACUCAGCCUGGACGAGUCUAAUGAACAGGUGAAUUCGAACAUCAUGGACAAGUCAAAUGACUUAAAGCAGAUGAAAGAGCAGAUCCGCAAGCUGGACGAGCGGCUGGAUUGUGACAUGCAGGAGCUGGCUCGAGAAGAGCAGGAUUGGGCUGUGGAGAUGGAAUCAGUGGAAAACCACCGCAAACUUCUUGAGAAGAAAGUCAAUUUUGGUUAUGAUGAGGCUGUGCAGCAGCUGAAAGCAGCACAACAGCAGUAUCACCUGGUGCUGCAGGAGACCAACGAGGAGCGCAGAACUGUUGCCAAUAACUUGGCAUCUGUCUUUACCACGGCCGCCAACCACCUGUCAAUUACUGAAAAGUGUCUGGAGGACCUGCACAGCAGAGUGCAGCGGGUUUGCUCCAAGGCAGUGGAGGAGGACGAGGCGGCUGUGCAGAAGUUGUGGGAAACUCUGAAAACCUUCAAGUCCAAGUCAAACAGUUUAUAAAGAAACAGCAGAUCUAAAAACCUGUUGUUCUGUAUUUAGAGGGGCUUAAAGAGCACUAGAAGGACGUUCAGUUUUCCUCAUUGUCAUUUACUUGUUCACUUAUUUUUAAAAAAAGUUUGUGAAAUGUAUUAUAUUUUCUCUUGCUCGUUUAUAUACUCCUAGUUAAACCGUUCCUUUUCUGUUUUCAAGCUUUGGCUUUAAUGUAUGUAGAUUGUUGAAGCUGUUUUCCUAAUAACAUUGAAAUACAUCACAUAGUAUUUCAUAAAAAUUAAAAAUAAAAGAUGUGAACGUUAUUUGACUGUGAUGUUUCCCUGUUGCCACAAGAUGGCAGCACACAUACAUUUGGAAAUCCAGUUUUCUGCGACAAAACUAAAUAUAAUCCCCUUCAAAUUAGACAAAACGGUUAAAAUCUACAGCAAACUACAUGCAUUAUGAGUUCAAAAUAAAAUGUAAUUUACUCUAUUUCUUUCAAGAAUUUUUGAAUGUCUGCACUAUCAAAUAUUUUAAAAGUUUUGUCACUAAAACAAACAAAAAAAACUAAA